CGCUAAUGAGGCUGCAGUGGUGGGCACUGAUAGGUAGCACUGAUAGGCUGCACUGAUGGACACUGAUGAGGAGGCACUGGUGUCACCAGGGGCGGACUGACAACUCAUGGGGCCCCUGGGCAAUAGGGGAUCAUGGGGCCCCUGUGUCCUUGCCCAAACUCAAAAAAGCCUAUGAAAAAGGUACCAGGGGCAUCUCAUGGGGCCCCCUGCUGACCCUGGGCCCUCGGGCAGUGCCUGAGUUUCCAAAUGGCCAGUCCGCCCCUGGGGUUGCUCCAAAGGUUACUAGGGCA